CGACAAGUUAAAAGCGGCUGGCAUGAAGCAUCUUGGGGCCGAAAGAAACAAUAUUAAAGUAAGGAAUGUCAUGUCUUGUUCGGCCUGGUUGGUUUGAAAAACUAGAUGAUUGUCACGUGCUUGAAACCCUAGUUGAGCUUAAAUUGGUCUGGGUUUGGUUAAGUUGCGUGAAGAGGGCUGUCUAAACUUGACACGCUGCUACGCGUGCGGCAAGCGUUAGAGGCACAAGCACUGCGCAUCCGAUGUGGACAGACAAAUUAUCUCCCAUUUGCAGUUCGACCGAGGAGAAUUUUGCUCAAAUCAUUUGGCUCUAUAAUUACAAAUAAGAACAAUUAUUUCCCUGUUUAUCCGAGCAGAGAACUUCAAAUCAGCUAUGGCAGAAAAAUCAUCUGAUGAAACAAUAACUUCAAUUUUGCUGGAGGAUGAAUCAAGGCGAGCGAGAAGCCAGAGGCUGGAUUCGCUGCUUGAAGAACGAGCUUAUGAUUCAAGCGAAAAAGUUCGAGUAGUGACAGAAGGAAAGGAGGAAGAAGAAAGAUUCUUGGAUGAGGGCAAUGCGCCCCCAUUCUCUUGGAGAAAGCUAUGGCUGUUCACAGGCCCCGGGUUUUUGAUGAGCAUAGCGUUUUUGGAUCCGGGAAAUUUGGAAGGGGAUUUGCAGGCGGGAGCUGUUGCUGGAUAUUCUUUGCUAUGGCUCUUAUUGUGGGCGACUGUUAUGGGGUUGAUAAUUCAGCUGCUGGCUGCUCGAUUGGGCGUCGCCACUGGGUGCCAUCUGGCGGAAAUUUGCAGAGAAGAGUAUCCGCUGUGGGCUAGGCUUGUGCUGUGGCUUAUGGCUGAGGUUGCUCUCAUUGGGGCCGACAUUCAGGAAGUUAUUGGCAGUGCAAUCGCUCUGAGCAUUUUAACCAAUGGAUAUCUGCCCCUUUGGGCUGGCGUCCUGAUUACUGCACUCGACUGUUUUAUAUUCUUGCUUCUUGAAAACUAUGGAGUGAGGAAGCUGGAGGCACUGUUUGCAUUAUUUAUUGGAACAAUGGCACUUUCAUUUGCAUGGAUGUUUGGUGAAACUAAGCCAAAUGGAAUGGAAUUGCUGCUAGGGCUUAUAAUCCCACGCAUAAAUAAAAAUGCUAUCAAGCAGGCUGUGAGUGUUGUAGGCUGUAUUAUUAUGCCCCACAAUAUUUAUCUGCAUUCAGCUCUUGUACAAUCACGAAUGGUUGAUACAUCUAGAAGAGGCCGAGUCCAGGAAGCACUUAAUUACUUCUCUAUUGAAGCAGGUCUUGCACUUCUAGUAUCCUUCAUGAUCAAUUUAUUUGUUACAACAGUCUUUGCAAAGGGAUUCUAUGGCACGGAAGCUUCUGGAGAUAUAGGCCUUGCGAAUGCUGGAACUUACCUUCAACAGCGGUAUGGAGGAGGAUUAUUUCCAAUCCUUUAUAUCUGGGGGAUUGGGUUACUAGCAGCUGGACAGAGCAGUACUAUAACAGGGACAUAUGCAGGGCAGUUUAUCAUGGCUGGUUUUCUUAAUCUUCGUAUAAAGAAAUGGCUAAGAGCAUUAAUCACUAGAAGCUUUGCAAUUGUGCCAACUGUUAUUGUUGCUCUAAUCUUUGAUUCUUCUGAAGGCACGCUGGAUGCAUUAAAUGAAUGGCUUAAUGUUCUUCAGGCCAUGCAAAUUCCAUUUGCUCUCAUUCCCCUUCUAUGCCUUGUAUCCAAGGAGCAUGUUAUGGGUUCUUUCAUGAUUGGCAGAACCCUUAAGGGCGUAUCUUGGUUGAUAGCUGUCCUUGUAAUAAUCAUCAACGGUUACCUUUUGGUGGACUUCUUUGCAAGUGAACUUCUCAGUAUGGGGGCUAUGAUAAUAAUAAUUGCCAUAACGGUUUUAUAUAUCAGUUUUAUAAUAUAUUUGGUUGCCCAAGCAAUAUGGCCAGAUAAAUCACGUACAACAUUUGCUAAACUACUCCACUGAGACAGGUUAUUGCUUCUCUUCAUUUCAUUCUGCUGAUUGAAAAAAAUAUAAAUAUCUGCUGAAAGAAAUGUGCUAACAAAACUUCAUUCUAUUGCAUAUUUACUGUUCUCAAAUUUGUUAUCUACCUUUAUUUAGUUGGAUGUGAAGAAAAAUAUGCUAGAAUUUUUCUAGCUUGUGAUAUAUUCAGCAGAAUUAUAUGACCUUCAUAAGUCUAAUAAGAAACAGAGUUUUUAAAGACAAAUUGAAAUCUCAAGGCUCAAUUAGGACAUUAAAAUAUUUUACCUUUCAUUGUAAUGUGUCUAAGGCCCUCUUUAGUUGAGCUGGGAUAUGUACAGUAGAGGAGAGGAGAUCUCUUUGGCUCCUUUAUCCUGGGGAUGUCUUCGACUGUGAAGCGACAAAGUGAGCCUUCAAGAUCUCGUUGUUUGGUGUUUUACUUGUUUCCUAGGAGGUUCCCUGCUUCUACAAAUGAACGUGCCUGGAUCGAAAAGGAAUCGUAUUAAUUUAGGUGUAUGAUUGGGUUAUUAUAGACUCUGGUAAGAUAAUAAAGUCAACUUAAUUUUCAGAAAGCAGCCAGUCAAAAGCAUUGCCUUUCCAUCUUCAAAAAUGACAAGGGGAGGUUGCUUAGCUUUCAAUAUCUCUUGAUUAGUGUCAAUGUAAUCAGUGAGCUCGUGGAAGUUAGGGGCUGUUGUGAAAUGUUCCAAUUUUUAAUGUUGACAAUAAAGUUCAUUGGUAUUGAGAUUUUAUAUUGCUUCGUCACUAGAUAAGGUGAAUAGUGGUCCAUCACAUUUGAUAAUUUAAUUCUGUUCUUAUUCUACUC